CCUCACACCCUCCAACUACACUUCAUAGUUAAGGCACUUUCCCUUCAUACCUAGUCAUAAAUAUUGUACGCAGCAGUAAACACACACACACACACACUCCCUGAGAGAGAGACUAAUUCACGCAAGAAAAACAAAAGUGAAGAGAGGGAAGGGAAGGGAGGGGAGGGGCCGAGACGACGGCUUGGCAAUAGCUGUAUGAAAGCGCAAGCAGUGGUGGCACUUUCCAUUAAUUUGGAAUACAGAAGCAGCUAGCAGCAGUCGGCCCCCUCCCUUUCCCCACACCCCACUCUGUAUAUAAACCCCCUCUCACUCAUUCGCAUUCCCAUUCCCCUAAAUCAUCCAUUCUAAUUCUCACAUAAAAGUAUUUAACACAAACUGCUUGGUAGCUAGCUCGAUCUGCACACGCAGCCCCCAUGGCCCUGCUUCCCCCUUUGAGGCCCAACAUGGCUCUCUGUUUGUUUUAUUGCUGUGUGUUCGCAGCAGGCUGUCUCUGCGUCUUGGGGCGACCAGCCACAUUCCUUCAGGACUUCCGGGUCACCUGGUCCGACUCCCAUAUCAGGCAAAUCGAUGGCGGCAGGGCCAUUCAACUCGUCCUCGACCAAAAUUCAGGAUGCGGGUUUGCUUCCAAGAACCAGUACCUGUUUGGCCGUGUCAGCAUGAAGAUCAAGCUCAUCCCCGGCGACUCCGCCGGCACAGUCACCGCAUUCUAUAUGAAUUCGAACACUGAUGCGAUACGGGACGAGCUGGACUUCGAGUUCUUGGGGAACCGGACCGGCCAGCCUUACACGGUGCAGACCAACGUCUACGCCCACGGCAAAGGCGACCGGGAGCAGAGGGUCAACCUCUGGUUCGACCCGGCCGCUGAUUUCCACGUUUACUCUAUCCUCUGGAACCAUCACCAUGUCGUUUUUUAUGUAGACGAAGUGCCCAUCAGAGUUUACAAGAACAACGAGGCAAGGGGAGUCCCAUACCCAAAGAUGCAACCCAUGGGAGUGUACUCCACCCUGUGGGAGGCCGACGACUGGGCGACACGAGGCGGGCUCGAGAAGAUCGACUGGAGCAAGGCCCCUUUCCUUGCCUACUACAAGGACUUCGACAUCGAGGGGUGCUCGGUCCCGGGACCCGCUGCCUGCUCCUCCAACUCCCGCAACUGGUGGGAGGGGGCGGCAUUCCAGGCACUAAACGCCGUCGAGGCCCGACGGUACCGCUGGGUUCGCAUGAACCACUUGACCUACGACUACUGUGUCGACAGAUCACGGUACUCUGUUCUCCCUCCAGAGUGUGGGGCGGGCAUCUAGCGUCGCAUAGACAAACAUACAUGCAUACACCUACACAUCUAUCGGUUGAAUGGGCGGGCAUGCACGUUGUGGAAAUUUACAUACUUAAAAUCGAAGGUACGUAGCACUAUGCAUAGAGAAAUGAAACUGGGAGAGAGGUAGGGAGGCCAAUUAAGGAGAGUGUGGUGGUGGGUUGGGGUAAUAAAGAGGUUGUGUGUUCGUAUGUGGAUGAAAUGGAAGCUUGGGGGAUGAUCCUUUCAGAGCAACGUCAAUGUCAAUAAGUAGUCAAUUUGUAGCAAAUUAAACUACUGCAAUAUAUGUGUGUGUGUGGAUAUAUUAAACUCUGUAUUGUAUAAUAUGAUGGUGCCAAUAAAUUAAUCUCCUUGUAAAACCUAUAUUCCAAUGAUAUGUGCGUGGGCUUAAAUUA